AUGUCCAGCUUUGUGCUCCUGAGGGUCCAAGGGUCUUUCAAACCAUUUGGAAUUUUCACAGGAGGUUUUUACGGAGGAAUCCUAGAAAGGUCUCUGGAAAGCAAAGCAACAUGGAACAUCUUACAGCUUUGCACAACUUUGAACUUGUUUGUGUUCCGAAAAGCUAACAUAUCAAGUAUUCAGGAAAGGGCAACUCACAACUUGAAAGAUGUAAACACUACAAAAUCCACCAACUGCAAUGAGAAACGAGGAUCCCAGUACCUAAUAAAACCAAGGAGCUGUUUCUUAUUCUCCCUGAUGGAUGGAAAGGAUCUGGUCCCACCCCUGGAUACGAUCAACCUUCAUAUACUCUGUAUUAUACACGUUGUUGCCACCUUGCUUUCCACUCUCUUGUCCCUUAUCUCAGUAGCCAUCUCUGCAACCUGCAAAGAUGGAAAGGGAAAGCAGGAGGUGGAAACUGGUCAGCAGCCUUCUGGUUUAUCAGCCACACUUACAAAGGUCAAAGGUGCAAAGCGUCAGAAGACAGUGGUUAGAGUGAGAUUCUACAUGCUCUCAAUGAAGAAUAAACCAUGCAGGAAGAACCUUUCAAAAGGUUACAACCAGAGACCUGAAGGAAGCAAGGAAGAAAGCCACAUGGUUGUCAAAGAGAAGAGGAAAGGAGAUCACUAAGCUGGAUGACGUUUUCUGUUUCUUUGAAAACAGAGAAGAUGACAAGUUAGGGAGCGAUCAGAGGUCAUACUGUGAAGCACCUUUGGAUAAACGGCAGGGACUUUGGAUUUUCUUUUUAAAUGUGAGCAUAAUCCAUUGAAAGGUCUCA